AACCACAGACCAAGGGAAAAAAAUGACUGACAAUGGCGCCCACCAAAUGGAUGUAUCCGCAACCCCUUCCGCCUCGCAAACACCUGUGCCUAACAUGUCGCUCAAUAUGGAUUACUAUCUCAAGGAAGGGCUAGAAGGGGUCGAAUGCCAGCAAUUUCGCGACGCUACCAUCUGGGCUCACUCAAUUCAGGCGCAGGCCAAUGGAUUACGCUCGGGUAACUUGAGUGCUGGGCAGUACGCGGUAUUUUCCCCAGUUACGCAAGACGAGCUUACAAAUCUUGAGCACAUUCGUGACAGCCACUACAAAUCACUCCGCUUCCUGUAUCUGAACGAUGCACAGACCUUGAUUGUCAAAAUUAUGCCGGGCCCUGCUCAUGAAGUAGCCACCAGCGAGCUUACACACAUCGUUCGGCUGAAGGUUGGUGUGAUGGGGCUCCACAGGGCUCUUCGAGAUAGACGUGCAACAACCUAUCAGGGUGCGAGGUCCAAGAAGGAAGCGGAUUCAGCUCUUAAACCUAACACUCGUCCUCUCAAAGACGACUGGCCAACCCUGGUGUUUGAAUGCGGGGUUUCAGGUUCACUUCGACGCUUGAGAACUGAUGCAAACUGGUGGCUGGCAAACUCUGCCCACGAUGUCAAAAUCGUUCUUCUCGUCUCUGUCUCCUCGCCGCAGCAGAAGAUACAUAUAGAGCAGUGGGAAGAUCGCAAUACACCCAAUCCCUAUAUCACACCAAACAAUCCUAAUCCCCUCGUAAUCAGGCCGACAAAAAUCAACGAAAUCAACAUCUAUGGCAAUACUGUUACUGGAGCUCCUUUGAGGCUCCCCUUUCACGCAAUCUUUCUUCGCCCACCGGUCGCAGGCGAGGGGGAUAUUGUCUUCACAGCUCAAGAUCUCCUGGAUUAUGCUGAGGAUGUCUGGGGUGAUAUGCAAUAGGCAAAAGCUCACCGCAAAUACGGUAAGUCAGCCCUGGCUAUCUAUCACUUGAAAUGGUACUCAAGGUUGAUUGGGUAGGCCGCCUAAGGCAGAGAGGCAGGAGGGGACACCACUUGUAGGUGGGUCUGAUAUGGAUGGGAUACAGUGAAUAGGGUAGGGGAGGUAGGGGGCUGGGUUGAAUAGUGGUAUCAAGGGGUGUGGGAUGGCUGAUGUUUGCUUUUUUGAUUCUUUUUUAGACCACUAUAGCAAUGGUAUUAAAAGUCUACCUGC